AUGUCGAUAUGGGUGACAAUUGCCGGUAGAUUUGUUGCUGGUGCUGGUGGUUCCGGCAUGACAGAUUUGAUCAGUAUAAUUAUCAACGACAUGGUGACCCUCAGGGAACUGACAGUGCUGCGAAGCUACGUCUCCAUGGUCGGUACUGUGGCAUACAGCCUUGGUGCUCCGCUGGGAGGUGCAUUAACCGAUGCAAUCGACUGGAGAUGGUCGUUCCUGAUUCAAGCCCCAUUGGGUCUUCUUUGUUUCUUCUUGGCUCUGUGGCGAUUACCGUCCGCGACCAGUAAGCCGAAAUUCGAAGAGAAUGACGAAGAACCUCCACGGCCAGAGCUCAACUUGACCGGGAUCUGCCUUUUGGGAAUAGUGAUUGCCGCAAUCAUGGGUCUAUGUCAGUUCAUUGAGGACAAAUCGGCCAAGAGAAGCUUCAUGUUAGCGACACUAUCGACGACUAUCGUCAUUGGUAUGAUCUUAUACGCGCUUAAUGAACGCUACUGGACUAGGAACCCCCUCGCUCCAAUGUCGUUGCUGAAGAUCGAAGGAGUUUAUACCAUUUACAUCUCGCAGUUUCUGAUGUUCUUUUGCGCUUCUGGUAUCUGCAGCAACCUGGCGGAAUACUGGGUUCGGACCCAGAAUGCUUCAAACGGCCUUGCAGCCGCAUCUAUCGUACCCGUGACUCUAGGUUGGCGAUGGCCACAGAGUCCGACCCCAACCAUCUGGGAACAGCUAUACCCAUUUGGCCUUGGGUUUGGACUAGGUGGAUCGCUCGCAGCUUCAUUCGUUGGCUUAUCUGCAUCGAUUCCCGACAACGUGACAGCCCCUGCUUUUACCAUUUACUACUUGUGCCAGCAGGUAGGCAUGAUUCUCGGUGUGACUGUGGCUUCGAUGAUCAGUCGAGGAUUUUUCAAAACUUAUCUACUUCGCAAUCUCGGUCAAAGUGCCGACUCAUUGGAGAGAGGUGCAUCGACUAAAUCCCCCGAAUUCGUUCAAUUUGUAUUUGGAUAUACACCAUUCCAUGCGAACGGGUUAUACUGUGCUGGUAAUUGCGGCAAGAUUUAA